CCCAUGGAAGAUUCAAUGGACAUGGACAUGAGCCCUCUGAGGCUCCAGAACUAUCUUUUCAGUUGUGAACUAAGGGCCGACAAAGAUUGUCACUUCAAAGUGGAUAAUGAUAAAAAUGAGCACCAGUUAUCUUUAAGAACGGUCAGUUUAGGGGCUGGUGCAAAGGAUGAACUACACAUUGUUGAAGCAGAAGCCAUAAAUUAUGAAGGCAGUCCUAUUAAAAUAACACUUGCAACUUUGAAAAUGUCUGUAGAGGCAACGGUUUCCCUUGGGGGCUUUGAAGUCAUUCUACCUGUGGUCUUACAGUUGAAGUGUGGUUCAGGGCCUGUGCAUAUUAGUGGACAGCACUUAGUAGCUGUGGAGGAAGAUGCAGAAUCAGAAGAUGAAGAGGAGAAGGAUGUGAAACUCCUGAGUAUAUCUGGGAAGCGUUCAACACCUGGAAAUGGUAGCAAGUUUCCACAGAAAAAAGUAAAACUUGCUGCUGAUGAAGAUGAGGAUGAUGACAACGAUGAUGACGACGAUGACAAUGAUGAUGAUUUUGAUGAUGAAGAAGCUGAAGAAAAAUUACCUGUAAAAAAAGGCCAAGAAUCUUUCAAAGAACAGGAAAAAACUCCUAAAACACCAAAAGGACCUAGUUCUGUAGAAGACAUUAAAGCAAAAAUGCAAGCAAGUAUAGAAAAAGGUGGUUCUCUUCUCAACGUGGAAGCCAAGUUCAUCAAUUAUGUGAAGAAUUGCUUCCGGAUGACUUAUUAG